UGCGUGGUAUUUUUGCCAUUUUUGCAGGUCAAAAAUACGCAAUUUUCUUAGGGAUUUUCACCAGAUAACAGCCCAAAAAUGACUGAUCAGGAGGGCGAACUGUGUUCAGUGAUCCUGGAGCAGCAUUUUGGGGUGAAUGUGCAGAAAAUCGGGAAGGAAUUGUUUACAGGAUCGAAAACUCUUUUAGGACUCAUAAAAUCAACAAGUCUGACCAAGAAUGAGGUCUCUCAGGCCCUCGCCGUGCUGCUGAAGUUCCGUCUGACCACUUUCGAAGUGCCCACGGGCAAGACGUUCGCCGAGUAUUCGCUCAAGACGGACCACAUUCUGCGCAUCCUGCGCUAUCCGCGCUACAUCUUCUACAUGCAGUCCAAGUACGGACACACGGCGGCUCUGCUGGUGGAGGAACUCCUGCGCGCGGGCUGCGAGACUGCCACAAAUCUGAUUGGCAAGUCCGUGCUGAACUCGGAGAGCAAGGAGAAGAACACGGUGAUUGAGCAUCGAGACAAGUUCCUGGAGCUGAUUCAAGGGAACUUCUUCAUUAGGGCCAUUCUGGGUGAGAAUGCCGAGGAGCUGCGCGAAGCCACGAGAAGCGAUCCGACGCUGCUCUUCCAGAAGCCCGAGAUCGAUGUGCAGGAGUUGCUGUCGCUGCAGGAGGGAAAAACGCUGUCCAGCACGCGGGAUUCGGGUGUGUAUUGGCACGUGAACUUCGAGAAGUUCCACCAGCACUUCCGGGAUACGAUUGUGCUGCAGGCGAUCGAGAGGAAGAUCAAUGCGAACGCCAGCGAGUGCUUUAAAUACUUCCUGCAGUCGAUGUAUCUGCGCACGGAUCCGUGGAAGUUCUCAUCGAAUCCCAUUCCCUUCGCCGAGAUCCGCUCGUUCUGCGACAAGCAGUCCGGCAAUGCGGAGCUGAAGCGAUACCUUGAGCAGUACAUCUCGGUCAUCAUCGAGGAUCCUCUGACGGUGCUGAGCAAGUAUUCAGAGACCGGCGGCGGGCAGUUCAUCGUGCAGAUGAAGAAAGUGUUCGAGCAGCUGGCGUGGACGCACAUAGAGAGCAUCAUAAUGGAGAAGUUUGGCGCGAAGGCGGCGAGAAUCUUCCGCGUGGUGCGCAUGAAGAAGCUGAUCACGCAGGAGGACAUCCAGAAGGAGGCCAUGAUUCCGUCCAAGGAGGCGAAGCAGCUCACGUACACGCUGGAACAGAGUCACUUCCUCCAGAUUCUGUCCCUGCGCAAGCCGGGCAGCAGCGGAACUGGUCCCGUGAAGAACUUCAAUCUCUUCUACGCCGAGCAAAAUCAGAUCAUUAGAACGCUGACGCAGAUUUGCUUCAAAGCCCUUUUCAAUGGAAUUACGCGAUCGAAUUACGAUUUAUCGGUGAAUCGAAGACUGAUCGACAAAUCACAGAGGCUAGAGAGUGUGGUUGAAGCUAUGAAAGAGCGAGGCGAAUCGGAGGAAUACAUUAUGGACAUCUUGGAGACGCUGACGCCGCCUGAAAGGGAGAUUCUGGAGAAGGUGAAGAUCAGAAUCAAGAAUCUGUACAGUGCAGAAAUCGGUCUGGAUGAGUCGCUCUUCCUCAUGGAAAUGUACCAAUUCUACCACAAAGAGAGCACGGAGAAAGCGUAGUUGAAUGG